AAAUCCAUCAGCUAAAAUCCAGGUGACAACGAACAAUGUGCUGGUGACAGUUACUCGGCUGCUGCAGACGAUGCAAUAGAAACUGCUGAGAUUGCAUAGCGGGUCAUUUACGGGUUCUUCAACCAGGUAUAAUUGCCGAUGUGGGACCUAGUGGUAGCUCUUGAUUUGAGAAGCUAGAGAAAAUUGGUGAAAGUACUUACACGUACCUACUUACUUGACCUUAGAGCAUCUCUAGAGCAAUUCUAUUUUUUCUCUAUAUUUUCCUUUAAAAUUGAGUAAUUCUGUUAUAUGAUAACUUUUGCUCAAAUGAUAUGCAUGUAUAAUAGAUUUAUCCUAUUAUAGAAGAAAUAAUAGAUGAAUUUUACUUUUUUACUCUAAUUAUAUAAAGGAAUAAAUAAGGUUGGGUUGAAAUGGGCUUUGGAUUUAGCUACUUGAAUUUUUAGUAAAAACACUUUUCAAUUGGCAUUUGCUGAGGUUCCAGAGACAUUGAGUAGGAUUAAGAUUAAGAGAUUCAGUCUUUGAUUACUUUGAACAUUAAACCAUGGUUGAUUGACUUAGGAUCUGAUGGGCAUUGUUAGUCCAUAAGCUGGACUUGAUAUUAUAAGCUGAUGAGGCAAAAGGAUGUUUGGAUGGUGCAUGAGCCGCGAAGGGCCGAAUGCAUAUCCUUAGAUGUUUGAAGACUUCCCAAGGGUUACUUAAAUUUGUGGAGAUGGUUGGUUAAAUGACUAAGUACCUAACGGAGUUGUUUUAUGAGUAAAGAGCUGCACGCAGUAUAUGGCAGCUGGCCAUAGCUCUGUCUUAGAUCAGUUCGAGUGUCACAACUCGAUCAGCUGGUCUAUGAGUUCAUUCAGUUAGAGCAGCUCGGCCGAUGAGCUAACAAGCUCUGUGGAUGUGACUAAUGUAUGAUCUAGCAAUACUUGUAUAGGUCUAGAGAGAAUGGUUUAGGGGAAUGGAACCUCGGAUUUGUAUGACUUGAUUCGGGUUUAGGAUUGACCUUUGAACUAGCUGGUAGUUGGGUAGACUUACCACAGCUGAGGUGAUUCGACCGGACGAGUAUUAGAUUGGAUUUAGUCAAAUGGUUUGUAGAGAAUAUUCCGCUGCAUAUGAGUUGAAAUGAUCUAAGCUAGGAAAUGACUAAGGUAGUCUUAAGCUAAUCUAAGUUAGCCCUUGCCUAUGGGUGAUAUUAUAGAUAAAUGGCGAAAAAUUUAGAGGUUCGGCCAGGAAGUGGACUGAGCAACGUGAGGCGUCGACCGCAGCGUAGACGGCCGGGAUCGGGUCUUACAGUGACAAUGAAGCAGACCUCUUCACAAAAUCACUUCCUAUUUCGGUAUUCAUAAAACAUGUCCAUAGCAUUGGGAUGCGACAUCAAAUGGAUCUAUGAGAUGACAUAUUCGAGGGAAAGCUUGCGUCGUUUUAAUCUUUUUACCUUAUAUGGUUUUUUCCAUUGGAUUUUCUUAUAAAGGUUUUUAAUGAGGCAACAAAGACAUUAAACAAGAAACGAUAGUGGCACUGGUCUCAAAGGAGAAGUGUUAUAAACGUGAAGAAAGGGAACACCAAUAUUAUACACACCGAACUUGAUGAAACUAUAUGAAUGUAAAUUAAAUGGAGCCAAUCUGUCAUUAUGCGCAUACAAUAACUUCUACUUUUUACUUCUAUAUAAACGAACGAAUUCGUUCGAUUGUAAACACAUCAUCUCUUCUCCUUCUUAUAACAUAUUUUCUCUCGCUAUUAUCAUUGUAUCAGUAUCAUCUCCCUUUUGAGUGUAUAAAUUUUCGUCGUUAUUUAAAAUUUCCGAUACAAUAAAAUCAUAAAUAUUAUUAUAACAAAUUGAUGAAUAAAAAAAGAAUUUUCUAGAAUAGAUUUUUUUUUAGUUUAUUUUCACAAAAAUAGCUUUCAACGUAAAAAAAACCAAAAGAAGUUUUAUUAAAAUUUAAGUAUAAACUUAUACCAUAGGGUUAACUAAUCUAGACUUAUAGUUUAGAGUUAAGAGAUGUGAAGUUUCAAAUUUUUUAAAAAAUAAAUAUUAAAACUUUUAAAAUAAAAAUGGACUAUUUUAGUCAUUUUUAGAGCUAUUUUGAUAAUAAAAAAUUAAAAAUUGAUACUUGAGAGAAUUAUCCAUAAAACUAGGGGUGGGCUUUCGGAUAUCCCUUCGGGUUCAAAUCGAGUAUUUCGGAUUUUCGGGUAUUUCAGUAUAGGAGUAUAGAACCCGUUCGGGUUCAGUUAUUUCGGGUCGGAUUUUGGAUAUUUAGAUUUUGAAAAACAAAAUUAAAUUCUUCAUUUCUCAAGUUUCUUGUAUUUAAAAAAUAUAACUUUCACUUAACUGUUUUUUUUUAUAUAUAUACUGAAUGAUUAAUAGAUUUAGAGAUGAUAUUUUAAAAAUAAAAAGACACUAAUUUGAUUAUUAUUUUUAAAUUUUGGAUGCAAUUUUUAUUAAUGCAUGAAACACAAAUUUUGACAUACAUUUAAGUGAGUAGGAAAUCAUUUUGUCUAUAAUUAUAUGUAUAUCAUAUGAUCUCAAAGUAUGUAUAUAUAGCAUCAUAAUAUAUUUAUAAAAUAAAAUGAGAGAAGUAAACUAUAAAUAUAAGGUUAAGUAUACAUAUGUUCGGUUAUGUUCCCGACGACGUCAAUUCGUUAGGUUAUUUUACUACUUCGGUUCAGAUUUCGAAUCAGGUUUUUCGGGUGCGGUUUCGGGUAUCGGGUAAAGUGUCCACGCAUACAUAAAACAAUUGCAUAACAUUAGAAUUUAAUGGAAACUUAAACUUCUUCAGAUUCAGUCCAAUUUUUAGAUUCAAUGCCUCCACCUUGCAAGAAAAAAAGUCAAAGUCAAAUACAUUUUGGAUUUACUUCCUUAAAUGAAAAUGUGAAUUUGACCAUUAAAAAUUUACUUCUUUUUAUGAAAAUAUACUUUCAGCCCUGAAAAUACCCAAAGGGGAAGCACAAGCGCCAAAGUCCCUUUUCGAAAUUUGCUUUCCCUCUUCUUCCAAAACCCCAUUUUCAUUUUCCCCUUCGUCUCUCAUAAAUAGCUUUGGUUGCUCUCUUCUGGAUCAUCCCUCUAAACCCAGAUAACAAAGUCUCCAUCUUUCCAAUUGCUAUGGCUUUGGACGCAUCGACGAAACCAUCUAAGCGCACAAAGAAGCCCAGCGGCAAGAAACCAUCGAAACGCAAAACGAACCCAGGCGUUCGAGUUGUCGGAGGGAGGAUCUACGACUCUAGCAACGGCAAAUGUUGUCACCAGUGCCGACAGAAGACGAUGGACUUCGUAGCGUCAUGCAAGGCCGUGAAGAAUAACAAGCAAUGCAAACUUAACAUUUGCCAUACCUGCUUGUUGAACAGGUAUGGUGAGAGGGCACAAGAGGUAGCUACCUUAAGUGAUUGGCAUUGUCCUAAGUGCAGAGGCCUCUGCAACUGCAGUUUCUGCAGGAAGGAAAAAGGACUUGAACCUACAGGGAUAUUGUCACACAGAGCUAAAGCAAGUGGGUUGUCAUCAGUCUCUGAGCUUCUACAAGUUGAGGGUGAUGAUAGCUUUGCUUAUGCGAAAAAGGAGGAUGUUUCCAUUGAAGAUGUUGCCAAUGAGGACUUUAAAGCGGCUGGCAAGAAGAAGAAAGCCUUGAAUAAGAAAACAAAGACAAACCUGGAUGAUGUUUCCAUUGAAGAUGUUGCCAAUGAGAACAGCAAAGCGGCUGGCAAGAUGAAGAAAGCCAAAGCCACCAACGAAGUGAAAGAGGAGGAGAUUCAGAUUGAGGCUAAACUUCCUAUUGGUAUAAGUUUGACUAAUGUCGCAGGGAUUGAUAUACCGACUGAAGAAACAGGAAAUGUAUUGCAGUUUCUUGAGUUUUGUUCAGCCUUUGGAGAGGCUCUUGAUUUGAAAGAAGGGCAAGCUGAAUCUAUUGUUUCUGAGUUGUUCUCGUGUGGGCGUAGCACAAGAAGGCAACAAUACUGCUCUGUUAUCCCAAUGAUGAUCCAGUUGCUGGAACUAAUAUCACAUGAUAGAGAUAUGUCUUUGUCUCUAAGUGCAACAGACAGCACUUGGUUCAGUUCUCUUGGAGAGUGCCUAUUGCAGUCAGGUGUUCUGAGUGAUGUGUUCCCACCAGAGACUUUCACUUCAGGUGUCUCUGAGUAUACGAAGAUGGAUGCGUCAACAAGGCUCAAGCUUCUCAACUUCUUAUGUGAUGAGUCACUUAGCACUCUAGCAAUGAGAAAUUUCAUUGAGACCAAAAGUGUGGAGUCUGAAGCACAGAGAAGAGAAGCAAAAGAAAAGGCUGCAGCUGCAAAGGAAAAGGAGAAACAGCUGAGGCAGAAGAUGCAAGGUGAUCUUGCCAAAGCCCAUAUGGAAAGAAACGGAGCACCGUUAUCCAUUGAAGAGCAUCAUGCAAUUUUGUCUCAAAUAAAAGCUGAAGUUAAAGAAGCUCAUGACAAGAUGCUGGAGGCAAAGGGCAUGAUAUCUAGAAAGAGGCAAAGAUGUGAUGCUGCUGGAACUGACCCCAUCCUAUUGAAUGAUGAUGGUCUUGUUCUCUGGAAACUCAAGUGCUUUGAAGAAGAACCAAAGUUUCUGCUUCAAGAUCUAGGUACUUUUGGUGAUUUAUCCCCACAUGAAAAAUGGUUAGCUUUUAAGCCUGAGCAGAAACAAGAGGUUGAGAAGUAUAUCUCUGCCAAAGGUUGAAACUUGAAGAGUGGGGAAGGCCAUCAUGUAAUUUUCAGAAGUCAUUUAACUCAUUUCUUCCCUUUUUUUUUUUAUCUUGGCUUCUUUCCAUCAGUUCGGCUAAUUCUAUUGUUUGAUGAUAUGCUUGUUUUAUGCCUCAAACUCUUAUUAUAAUGAAAAAACCUCAAUCUUAGCUGUUUCA